AUCAACACUUCAGUGAGUGGAACAGACGCCCGAAGGCUGUUUUCUGUGUUUUUAAGUGCACAAGGUUAAAUAGGGGACGGACAGGUGGCACGUGCCUGAGAAUCUCUAGCUUUUCAUUGGCGUUAUUGAUGACCUGGCCCGGGUGUGUAGUAACGAAAGCAACCAAUCCCUGAUUAGUCAUCAUUUAUAGUUUCUGCUUCACUCCUUGAACUACUUUCGGAUCACACUCUCACAUUCUUCUCGCUUUCUGUCUCCUAACAUAAUUGCAGCAGCUUUGAGCCUCGCCUUUAUGAAUUAUGAAACACGCGUGUUGUGGGUUCCCCACAUUUGUGUUAUUGUUUUCAGCUUUAAAAAUACCAUUUUAAAUGAUCACCCAUUCUUUGUGACGUUUACGUCAAUAGCGGUAAUCCGAUUACUGUAACGCUGCCAGCAGAGGUACCGGAUGCGCUCUGGAGUCUCCAUAAAAGUUAGUGCGCACGGAGCGGAGCUGUCAGACUGCGAGGAGACGCGGCUGAGCAAAGACUGUGGGCUGAAGUGACUAAUGGGAUCCACCUCACUCCAUCUGAAGAGUGCGAGCUGAUAUCACGGGUGAUUAUCACCCGUCUAAUGCGCACAACAGGACCCAUUUGAACCUAAUAAGACACAGCUGUGCAGGCUUUCGUCGGGUUUGUGGACUAUCGGGAUUAAAACAAAGGGUUUGGAUUCAGGAGACUCACCUCUGUGGUGGAUGAGGUGCCAUCACCGCUCUUUUAAAAAGACGAAUAAUCGAAAGCAAUAAGCCUGUUCGAGUUCAUCCGGAGGGGCAAGACAAGCCACCACUCCCGUCUUUUUUUUUUUUUUGGUUUGUUUUUUUCCCCCCAGGACGCAAAUGUCUCCAGAGCACAGGGACGUCACUGGAUUGUAACACCAGCAGCCUCACCGAUGGUUUAAUAGGGCGUUAAAGUGCGGGAAGGGAGUGGGACAACUACAGGAUGAGUGAGCCAUACCCGCAGAUUGGAAGCAAAGGAGCUCUACUUCUAAUGGUGCUUGUCAUGAGCGUCUGGGAGAUGUCUGUACCAGCAGAAGCAACAACAGCCCACCAUGUUCGAACUGGCACCUGCGAGGUGGUGGCGUUGCACCGCUGCUGCAACAAGAACAAAAUUGAGGAGCGGUCGCAAACUGUGAAGUGCUCCUGCUUUCCCGGACAAGUGGCAGGCACCACCAGAGCUGCCCCAUCGUGCGUAGAUGCAUCAAUAGUGGAACAGAAGUGGUGGUGUCAGAUGCAUCCGUGCCUUGAUGGGGAGGAAUGCAAAGUUCUUCCUGAUCUGAAAGGUUGGAGCUGUGCUACAGGAAACAAGAUCAAAACCACUAAGAUUUCUGCUGACAGAGACCAGCUUUGGUAACGUCAGAUGCUUCACAGCGGCGUCCAGGUUGAACCAACAGUUCUGGCCCGCGGGAUCAUCAAAGGAGAAGAGAGUAAUGCAAAGGACCUUUCUGUAAAUAGAGACAUCCUUUCUUCUGGAGUGCAGUUAAACUUUGGAAAACUUUGAAUGCUUCUUCCUGAACUCUAUGGACAUCAAAAAGAGGAGCAGAUCCCAUUAAAAGUACUGAUCAUUCAGCGUUCCUUUUCAAAGGACUCCGUAUGACUAGCCUUACCGGACAACAGGAUUUAAUCUGACAUUGUGCUGCUUGUAGUAGAAUACAAUGGUGAACUUUGCCUAUAUGUUAUUUAUAGAGUAAUACCUCGUUCACAGGUUUUUUUUGCAUCACAUGUUGUCCAGGGUGAACAGCAGGUCAGUAUGUCGUAUAAGCAUUGCAAAUAUCGAACACAAAAUGCAUCGUGGCUUUCUUCUCUAACAGAGUGUACUUUGAAAAGUUUAAUAUGGGUUAAAUAUAUUUAAAUGGGGUGGUUUUCAUAGAGAUACACAGCCACAAUCAAGAGGAAUUCAACCCAAACGCUAAAACAAGGACAUGUUACAUGAAACCAGCACUUUAAAAAAAAAUGGCACCAACUGGUCAAACCUACCAGACAGCAAGAGGAAACCAUGUGUGGUCUGAAGGUCCUCUGAAAAUCAUCCUGUCAUUUCAAGCCACUUUUAUCAGUUUAAAAUAUAUUGUUUAUUAUUAUCAUUAUUAUUAUUAGUAUUAAUCUUUUUUGGAAUAUGGCUCGGGAGUUCGAAUUUUUGACAAGAGCUUAGUGUAAAUUAAACAGCAUCUGACAGCAGCAGCGGUCCUGAAGCUGUUUUCAACUAGUUACUCAAGUAUGAUUUUCUGAUCACCUUUUAGUAGGUAUCGCUGACACUUCCGUUGUCUGUGUAAGUGAUGACAUCAGUAAUAAACUAUGGUUGUGUAACUAAAGCCACGUGUCUUUGAACCAUCUGUAUGUGACAGUGACUGAAAGGCUCCACAGUGUAGUGGCUUACACAUUCACCUAUCAGGUCUCUGGGAAGAGACACAAAGCUCUUUGGGGUUGGAUCAUGAGGGGCACCUGGUGUUAUGGCAGCUCCUUAAACAUGGCAGUCCCCUUUCUGGACUUUGGAGAUUUUAUGAUUUUUUUUUUUUAUAUGAUGUUUUCUAAAACUGUGUCCCUAUCUCUUCUGAAUAAACAGGCACAGAAUUUCAUACAAACAUUCGUGGAUCCCACAAAAUGUUAAAGGUAAAGUGUGUUAAAUGUCACCAGUAGAGGUCAGUAAUUGCAGAUUGCAGUCAACUCAAUUCUGUUUUCUUACCCCUACUUAUUCAAAUGCACAAUCCGAGCUACAGUGGCCGCUGUAGGACGAAACAACUUGGGUUCAUGACAGCCUAGACUGUGAGUCUGCUGUUUACUUCACCUGUCAGGAUCUGUCCACAUCUAUUGGACUGAUGGCCUCCUGAUGGCCUAUGUAGAUGAGUCCGUAAAGCAAACGUCUGUCAGAUGACAGUGAGGUGAAUUGUUGGUGAUAGCCUGAACUUUGCUGGUGUUGUUUGCUGUUAGCCGGCAACUUUCUUUGAAGUGGAUUUAACAAGGUUGGACUCUUAGUUAAUAAAUUAAUAUGAUAUUAGAAUCAAACUGUUUAUCGGAGGCAUAACAUUAGCUGGCAUAAUAUUAGCUUAUAACCAGAUGUUGUUGUUUAGCCAGCUGGUUGUCAGCUGUCCCGAAAUGGGAGGGUUACAACUUUAGCUCGAUAGAUAGAUAAGAUAGAUAAUGGUCAUAUAUAGUUUGAAAUAACUUUUUGUGACCUCAGAAUUAAAACUAACAUAUAAAGGUACACUAAAUACACUUUACCAGUUAAUUAUUUAUGUACUGCGUGUGACUGGUUUCUUAACAUGUACAUAAAACAUGAUUAUGCAGAAUGGAAAUCCUCAUCCUGGCUACUAUAUUCAACAUGGCAGCCUCCAUGACCUGGCAGCUACUUCUAUGUUUUUAAAUUUAUGAGAAUGCAUCAGUUGGUUGGAAGACCAGAUUACAUGAUCAGUGUAUAUUUAUGAUUACAAAAUUCUCAUUUCUGUUAAACAACCUACAUAAAAAAAAUAAUUUUUCACGUACCUUUAAAGAUUUUUCUUCUAGUGUCACCAUGAUGUUACCAUUUGUGUCUAGAGAUGAAAUGUUUUAACAACUGUUUGCUGUGGAAAAGUGGAAUUCGGUGCAGACACUCACUAUCUUUGCAGACUGCAGUGAAACCACUCUAGCUGAAGUGCAGAAUUUUUGUGUGGAAAUUCCUGCAGACUCUUCUUUCUGCUUCUAAAUUAAAAUGGUAAAAUGGCGUUUGCACUCAUGAUAAUGUCAGGGGAAGUAGACCAUUCACAGAUGUCCUUUCUUACAUUCACACACAUACUACUAGAAGUACUCUGCUUUAGCUGAGGGAGCUUCCUGGAUAGAGUGCACAGGAAGCAGCACAGACAGAUGAAGCCUACCUAACAGAUAACUGUCUAUGCUAUUCUAACAUUUGCACAAUCGGACAUAACACAGACUGUAAGAGGAAGCUGUCGGUUUAACACCAUGUGUUGGACAUUUGCGUUUUCACACGCAGCUCUGCCUAAAAAAGUUCAGUACUGCAGGGCACAUGUGAAACUUACGUUAGUGUUAUAACUGCCAUGCUUGCAACAACAUUUAGCUUAGUGCUCCACUUUGCCUCGAGUAAGUGAACUGGUAGUUCUAUAGCACUUUUCUGCUCUAACUGAGCACUCAAAGCACUUUUCAUUACAAGCCUCAUUCAAGCCAAUCAAGCACUCUGUGCAAGCAUAAGAAACAUUCAUGCACUCACACACGGAUACAUGCAUUGGGAAGAAGUUGAGGUUUGGUAUCCUGCCCAAGGAUGCUUUAACAUGCAGACUGGAGGAGUACAGUAGGAGACAACCUGCUCUGCUUCCCAAACCACACUUUUAAAAUACAGCUGCAGUGCUAGGGGUCAUUUUAAAGUGCAAAUGUAUAUGCCCAGAACAGUCCACAACCUCCUGAUGAGGCUGCAAGUAAUUUACGCAACACAUUUCACUUGUAAUUUGUAAAAUUAGAUAUAUUUAAGAGUAGCCACACAGCCAGAAUUCUGACUGUUAGCCUCCUUUCAUUGUAUUAAUGUUUCUUUAAUCUUACACCAGCAAUCGGAGGGAAACAGAGGAGCCACAGGGAAAUCGGACAAAACUAAAUAUGUUCUGUAAGUUGUUUUUUUUAUAAUUGUUUUGAUAUGAAAGAU